AUGACCUAAUAUUUAGUGUGUAGAUAGAUUGCUUGCUAUUUAUAUUACUAUUAUACGUCUAUGGUCGUGGUUUCAUAUAAACUGGUUUCAUAUAACAUUUAUUUCACGAUUAUGCCAGUGGCUAAUGCUAGAAACCACACGUGUACGUAGAUAUUUAUAUGCAGGUGCGAAUUCACUGAUAUCGUAAUAAUAUUGAGAUUUAUUUCGAAAAAUGGAACGUUGCAACAAUGAACGGGCUAGAUUAAAUCAGAUCCCCGUAUUAUACGUGCGAGGAGAUAAUUUCACAGUUGGAUACACCAUAGGACGCCAAUUCAGAUCUCUCAUCGAAGACAACCUUUCCAAAUCCGACUACUUUCUCCAAUCUCUCCUCCCAGAAUAUGAAACCGUUACAGGGAAGGAACUCUACCAAAGAAAUUUGGACUUGUGUGAAAAUAAAUUUCCGGAAUAUGUCAAAGAAAUUAAAGGAAUGGCGGAGGGGGCAAACAUCCCAUUCUACAAGUUAUUCCUGCUGAAUCUGGAAGUGUUCAUAACAUCUCCUGCCGAAGUCUGGAGUAAGGAUGACAUCAAGGAAGGCAACGGCUGCUCCUCCAUUUUGUCGAAUGGGAAAGAGCUCGUACUGGGACACACGGAAGACGCUGGGCCUGAACUGGUCAAUAAUGUGUUCAUUGUUUCGGCCGAGAUUGUGAAUUCCAGCGGAGAGAAAAUAGAAAAGUUUACAACGCUGACUUAUGCUGGUUGUCUGCCGGGCUACACGAUGGGUUUCAACGAAUAUGGUUUUAUCCACAGCGUGAACACGUUGUACCCUCUCAGAACCUUGAACAACAAAUCUCCGAGGAGCUUCAUUGCGAGAUCCCUGCUGAAAGCUGGCACUUUGGAAGAAGUGGUAACACUGAUGAAGGACAAAGGGACCGGGAUAGCGGACGGAUUCAGUCUCAAUGCAUGUUUCGCCAAAACCCCAUCGGGGGUUCCUUUACUGUACAAUAUUGAGGUGUGUCCCAACAACGAUGGAGACGAGUCGGAGGUUAAUGUACUUGAAAUUCAACAUGGGGGGACUUAUGCACAUUGCAACAGAUAUUUGCGAAUCCAGACGACUGAAUUGCCCAAGGCGUCCAGAAGUAGUGUGCAUCGUCACAAGGCGAUUGAGAAACACCCCAAACCAGAGACGCUGUCGGUCGUACGAGAGAUUCUGAGUGAUCGCAGUGAUCCUGAUUAUCCCAUAUUCCGAAACGGGGAUAAGCUUCCGGAUGUCGUGGUCACCGUUGCUGUUGGCGUAUUCGACAUUGCCAACCGCCAAUGGAAUAUUUACACAGAACAACCCAAUAAAUCGAGACCAGUGGCAGUUUUACCGUUAUCCUUUUGACAAAUGACAUGAAUAUAUAAUGCACGUGAAAUUGAUAAAAUAUCCAAGUUUAUAAAAUCUUGACAUUGAAUACUAAUUGAAAUCAUUUAAA